AUGUUGGAAACUCCGGCAUUAUCGCAGGCGAGUGAGAUGACUCCCCAGACUGCCCGCACUGCAACUGGCAGCAGCCCAAGAAAAACAGAACGUAGUCCAGACCGCGACGUCCGCGAGCCACUGUUCAUUCUGGAGAUGCAGAGCCAAGGUCCACUCGCCAAGAUUACGAAGAUCGGGGACAAACGUGGCCCGCGAUACUCUGUCUACGAUCUGUGCCACUCCGAGACGCCUCAGGAAGCGCUGCCUCUGAGAACCUCCUCGCAUCUCCCAAAUAACACCAUCCACAAGCCGCAUGAAGUGGAGCUGAUUCGUGCCGAGGGUGGCUUUGAGACCUUCUCCAAGGAAAAAACAGACAGCAUACUUGAUUUUUAUUUCCGGCAUGUGCACUUUCUCUUGCCUGUCGUCGAUGCAUCGUUUAUAUUGAAUGAAUACCAGAACAAUGGAUUUCAAAAUAUUAAUCCUCUGCUUAUGUGGAGUAUGUUCCUAGCCGCUGCAAAUUUUGUGGACGAUGAAGCUUUACGCAAUGUCGGUUUCUCGUCAAGGAAAGCCAUGAAGACAGCCAUGUAUACAAGAGCAAAGUGCUUGUACGAUCUAGACCGUGGUACGGAUAAGCUCACAUUGAUACAGUCGGUGCUCUUGAUGAGUUUUUGGUAUACCGAUCCCCAAGACCAUACUGGAGCAUGGUAUUGGGUUGGCAUCGCCAUUUCUCUGGCUCAAAGUGUUGGCAUCCACCGGGAUCCUCAUUUCAUAAACAGUAUAAUACCAGCUCAAUUUCACCCGCUUUCUCGUCGUAUCUGGUGGGCAUGUGUUAUCCGGGAUCGAUGGCUUUCACUUGCCAAAGGCCGUCCCAUGCGAGUGCACGACGAGGACUACGAUGUGUUCAUGCCCUGUGCACAGGACGUUGCCGAUGAAAUAGCUAAUAUAAAAUCCGAGAUUCGGACAAAGUUCGUCCCGCAUCAUUCGGAUACGUUGGCAGAGAUAUGGGUCUAUUUUGUCAAGACCAGCAUCAUACUGGGCCAGGUUCUACGAAUGCAUUAUCGCGUCAAAGGGUUGAAGCCAGAUACCCACGAUAUCGAAAAGAUAGCCACAGACCUUGACGCAUAUAAACAGCCGGAGCUUCAGCCAGAAGCUACGGAUGAACUUGUUCUCAUUCAUAGGUACCACUGGGAUAUUUUCUAUCAGUCUACAAUAGUCAUACUAUACCGCCAGUAUCUCAUCAAUCCCGCAGAAAUACCGGUAGACGCAGGUGCGUUAUGGCUAAAAGCCAUUCAAUCGCGUGCGCGGGCAGCGGCAUCGGCAACAAACAUGAUUCUGGAGAAAAUCAUGCAAAUCGGCGCUCUGAACUAUGUGAAACCAAUGAUUAUUACGGCCUUAAUACCUACCAUGCAAGUUCAUCUGUCGGACUGUCGAGCAAACGAUCCUGUCCAGAGUGGGCUGGCGAGUAACAAGCUUCAUCUUUGCAUGAUUUUUCUCGAAAACAUCAGUAAUACUUACUGGAGUGCCGGUGUGAUGUUUCGAUUAUUUGAGAGAGCACAGCACAUUUUGCGCAAUAUGAAAAGGAGAAACGAGAUGCACAAAACAGCCAACCUCACCAGCCAACGAAGCAGUAAUCUCUCUUUUCCAGGAAAUCUCGUUGGAACAAGGGAAACCCGUACAGCUUCUGGCUUGCGCGAGCCCGAGUCUUUGGUUCCUGUUGCGGCUCCAUUAAUCUGGUUAAACGAGGAGGAUGUGCAGCAUGGGAGCAUGAAUUUGAAUGCCAUAGAUCAAUUGCUGAAUCCCGAAUUUUCAUUGCCUGAUGACGACUACAGUGCUCUAUUCCCUGCCGUUAUGUUUGGGAAAGCGGAUCAAAGCCAUGCAGAUCAUACCAUUGACACAAUCAACCUCUUCGACAAUGCCUAG